AAGGGUAUUUAAAUAAGCUUUCACAUAGUUUUAUUUUCAUUAUCAUCUCAAAGGGUCUUCAAAGAAAAUCUUAUACAAGAGAAUUGGUGACAAAAUAGAAAGAAAAAAACAACAACGUUGUUUACAUGUCCUUGUUAACAGUGGCGCAUCAAAGAGGUUCAGGUGAGUUCACCGGAUUCACGGUGAAGCGCGACGGCGAUAAUGAUGGUGGAAGUUCUAGUACAUCUCAAUCAUUAAAUUUCAACCAAAUGCAGAGUAAUUCUUCAAUGGUUUAUAAUGGUGAUAGAGAAUUAACACAAAUGGUUUCAGCUCUAACACAUGCUGCAUCAUCAGAGUCUAAUCAAAUGAGUAGUAAUGAAUGGAUUCAAAGAAGUGGUUUUCCUAAUGCAUCAUCAUCUUCAUCUUCUUAUUCUUCUGGUUCUGGUUCUGGUUUUGUUAUGACUUCUGGAUCAUGGAGUGGUAAUAAAAGAGGGCGUGAUGAAGAAAGUAGUGAUUCUAAUAAUCACUUUUUACAACAAGCUGUUCCUAAACUCUUUAGAACUGUCAUGGUACCUUCUCAAGGACAAGGACAAGGAGAAUCUUCAUCAUCAGUGACUGAAGAAGCUCCAACCACAAGAACAACCAUAGCCACCGCCACAUCAACGGCAGCGUCACUCGAAGAUUCCAGCCAACAGAGGAGAAGAUACAGAGGAGUAAGGCAGAGACCAUGGGGAAAAUGGGCAGCAGAAAUAAGAGAUCCACACAAAGCACAAAGAGUUUGGCUUGGAACAUUUGAUACAGCAGAAUCUGCAGCAAGAGCUUAUGAUGAAGCCGCAUUGAGAUUCAGAGGAAGCAGAGCAAAACUCAACUUUCCAGAAAAUGUUAGAUCCAUUAUGCCUCCGCCACCGCAACCACAACAACAACCACGACCACAACCACAGUCAUUAUCACAACUUCAAUCUUUUUCAGCAGCCGCGGUUCCUUCUAGGACACCACAGCCGCCGGUUCAAGAUUCCUCUGACUUGAUUAGAGAUUAUUUAGAAUAUUCUCAAAUUCUUCAAAGUUCUGGUGAUUUUCAACUACAACAAAUGCAGCAGCAACAACAGAUGCAACAACAAGAACAUGCUUCUAAUUUGGUUCAACAAUGGUAUUAUAAUUCACAAUUAGCUGCACUUCAAUCACAUUCAAUGUUAUCAACAUCAUCAUCACUCUCUUUACCUUCUAAUAUAUCACCUCCAAUGGCUACAAGUUUACCUUCCACUCAAUUUUCAACCUCUUCUAGUUCAUUUCCCCUGUUUUCUAGUCAACAAAUGGGAUUUUUUCGACCCCCGGAAAACCGUCCACCUGGUGGUGGACGUGGUGGCAGAACAGAGUUUCCGCCAUCAACGUGGUCAGAUACUAGUGGGCAUCCACCACCACCUUAUGGUUGAUACAAAUAUCUCAAGUCCCCGAUGAUAAUCAUUAGUCACAACUCAGUUACUCCCUUCGUUUCAUAUAUAAGUAAAACUGUCUUUUUUAGAUUUAUUGAAUAACUGAUGAAUCUGAAAAAAAAAACAUUUGCUUAUACACGAAAAUGGAGGAGUAAGUUGCAAACUUUGAUAUUACGCGGAAAAUAAAAAGUAAAAUAGUUGUGAAAUAAUACGCUUAUAGAGAUAUCUAAAACUUUUAUAUUGCGACAUUAAUUGUGUAUUCAAAAUGGAAUUUAAAAUUUAGUUAACACAA